AGAUAUCUCGCCUCCGAGUCGUCGUCGUCGUCGCCCGAGAGGAAGCCGUGGCGAUGCCCUGCCUCGCCUCGUUCGCUCGCUCGCUCGCUCGCUCGAUCGGAAGGCGAAUGAGACGCAGCGACAGGCCGAUCGUGCCAGGGAUCGCGGGGCAUCGUUCGGGGGCCUCUGUGGCGCAAUUCGCUCUUCUGGCCGAGUCCGUCUGAUCGCCUGCUAGAGCUCGUCCGGAGAGCUAGAGAAGGCGCGAAGGUCGAGGAGAGGUCGUGGUCGUGGUGGUCGUCGUCGUCGACAGGAGGGCGAAGGGGCGAUGGGCUCUGUGCGCUUCUCGGUGCCCGCAGCUCUCGACAUCAGCGGCAAAUCGCAGUUGUUCGGAGGAAAGAAUGUCGCCGCUCUGGAAUGUGGACCGCGAAACCUCGUCCAUAGGCCUGCAUUCCUCGUGAGGAGCUCGUGGGCGCCUUGUGAUGCCUCCGGAUCAGCGUUGCGGAGUGUGCGUGAGGAGUCGAGAAUCAGGAAUUGUUCGAUUUUCCGUCGGUCUCGGGCGAGCGAGCCCGUUCGAGCCAUCAAUUCCGCGCAGUACCGGUUGGAGAAACAGUGGAAGAAGCAGGAGCAGGGCGAGAGCGAGAGCGAGGACGAGGACGAAGAGGACACUGAACUCUGCCCCGUGGAAUGCGUACGUGAAUUCAGCUCGCAGGAAGAAUUUGACGAGCUUCUGGGACAGGCCAAGGAACAAGGGAGUCUAGUCGUCGUGGACUUUUUCAGGCCGUCUUGCGGAAGUUGCAAGUACAUCGAAAAAGGGUUCGCCAAGUUGUGUAAGGGCGCCGGAAACAGCGACGCUCAUGUCAUGUUCUUGAAGCACAAUGUCGUCGACGAAUACGAUGAGCAGUCGGACGUCGCGGACAGAUUGAGGAUCAAGGUAGUUCCGUUGUUCCAUUUCUACAAAGAUGGAGUGCUCGUCGAGUCCUUCCCCACGAGGGAGAAGGGCAAAAUUUUGGAUGCCAUCUGUAAGCACACGGAGCUCACGUUAGAGGACCUGGACCAGAGCGGUGCGUGACUGCAUAGCUCGCCACUUGAACACGAGAGAAGACUGAGAGAAACGGCUUGAUGUUUGCCCGGGUCCUUGGGCUACAUUGGCGCAUAUCUGUCGAGCCAUGAACCUGAGAGCGAUUGAACCCCAUCAAAGAGCGCUUGGAACUGAGGAAAGGAGGAAGAAUUGGGACAAAGUGCAGAAUAGUUUAUAUCCAGCCAGCGUUUCAGCGAUUUGUACUACUAUAAAUAAAAGCACUUCAAAUUAUAUAGACUGUAUUUAUGCUCUCUCAGACUGCCCUGCCGGGCAUCGAAGAUAGAUGAGGGCUUUUAGUUUCUGUACAAAUAUUGUCAGCAUUGAUGGUAUGGGAUGCAAAAAGAGUGCUCUCCAACCCUCAGCGUGCCUGAGUUUAAUCUUACAGUUUCCAUGAUAGAAGUCUGUCCACUAUGUCGAUUGAUUCUCCAACUCAAUUGCUAAGUUUGCAACUUGUUUUUCUCUUUCAGCGAAUAUGUUUGUUUAUUUGCCAGAAUGCGAUUUGGACCUUAGAAAGAUGGGAAAUCAACCGAAUUGUGGGCCCCAAUGAGAUCAGUCUUUGCAAAUUGUUUAAUCGGGCUUUGUUACGAAUAUGUGACGUAUUGUCAUGUG